AUGGGCGUAACAACGGGAUUAGAGCAAGUUUGGAGGUGGGCCACGGGCAAGCCAUUAGCGCGCAUGACUUGCUACCGCACGCCACUGUUCUAUAGUGAUGGGAAACAAUGCGAUGAUCAUCGAUUUUUCACUCGAUUUACUAUCGACCACUCAGUGAAGUUUGAUGGCCACCCUGAAGUGUUCAGCGAAGCGGGACGAAUCGGCGCGGCCGCCUCCGACCAACGCUUCGGCUAA